AUGUGUGAUAAAGUCUAUGAGAUUUUAGAUAAGAAUACCAUUCAUGUGACUGGGAGCACACAGCAAGUCGAAGGACGUGAUGAUGAAUAUUUUCUGAGGGAAGUUAUAAGUCCAAUAUAUCAAGUUUUAAUGAAGACAAAAAGAUAUGCCGAGGAUGUUGAUAGGAAGAGGGGGCAAUAUGAACACUAUAACAUCCUUCCACUAUAUGCUGUUGGUGUUAAACCAGCAAUCAUGGAACUUCCCGAGAUCAAAGCAGCAAUUAAUGCUUUAUGUAGGGUGGAUAAUCUUCCAAUUCCAGUAAUUCAUGCAAGACCUGAUGUUUCUAAUGAUGAUUCUAUAAUGCCUAUGGAGAGGCUUAAAAAAGUGAAUGAUAUACUUGAUUGGAUUGCCUCAGUUUUUGGGUUUCAGAAAGGAAAUGUAGCAAAUCAAAGGGAGCACCUUAUAUUAUUGCUUGCCAACUUGAAUAUAAGGAACAGGGAUGUAUCAUCUUAUCAGCUCCAUGAAGAAACUGUACUAAAGUUGAAGGCUACAAUUUUCAAAAAUUAUGAGUCAUGGUGUCAUUAUGUGCGUUGUGAUUCCAAUCUUAGGUUUCUAGAUGAUUAUGACAUGCAACAGAUGGAGCUGAUUUAUAUUGCACUUUAUCUUCUAAUAUGGGGAGAAGCUUCAAAUAUUCGCUUCAUGCCUGAAUGUAUUUGCUACAUUUUCCAUCGUAUGUGUGAUAAAGUCUAUGAGAUUUUAGAUAAGAAUACCAUUCAUGUGACUGGGAGCACACAGCAAGUCGAAGGACGUGAUGAUGAAUAUUUUCUGAGGGAAGUUAUAAGUCCAAUAUAUCAAGUUUUAAUGAAGGAGUAA